CGUAUCCUCCACUUUGAACUGGGAUGGACUAUUAUUCCUUGGAACGACGUUCUCGAAGCGUUAAAUCAUCAUUCUAAUACUUUGCAAUCGAUAAUACUCAAGUCCGUAAUAUUUCGUUGGUGGAGGAAUGACUUUGCUCUUGCAAGUUGCCCCAAUCUUGAAAAGAUUCAUAUAACUUGUUGCGGUUCGGUGACUGACGAGAAUUUCCAACCACUUACGACUGCACUAUUUCCCAAAUUAAAGGAAUUGGUUUUCACUCGAACAAAUGUACCGUUUGCGAUAAUUGAAGCGUUACUUGUUAAUUGCGGCAGAACAUUACAGAGGUUGGACUUUGGGAGCUCUUUAAAUUUUGAUUUACUUUUAGUUAGGACAAUUGCCGAAUGUCAUGAAAUUAGAGACUUCACUUGGUAUCCUUCUUGCAAUGUUGAUUUAUUUAAACAAUUUCUUGGACAGCAGAGACAAUUAAAAACUAUUAGAGUAACCGACCGGGGGGCAUGGGAUUCAUCUCCGUUAUUAGAUUGCACCUACACCCGUAGGCUAAAUAAAUCAAUGAAUGUUUGGUUGACGCGUGCUAGUCAAGUAUCUCAAAAUGCGCUCGAGUCAAAAAAUUUGGCAAAACUAAUAAGAUCUCAGCAUCGGUUGGCAUGCUUUCGACUGUGGGGGGUGGAUAUCCCGCAUGAGGCGCAGAUGGCUAUUUGCGCGCUUUCAUCUCAAUAUCAAACUCUAAAACAGAUAGAGAUAAGUGGCUAUUCGUUUAUAAAUCCUGAGCCAUUUGCAAGCAUGGCCGCGUGCGUCAAUUUAGAAUCGCUCAAGCUAAACUUGUGUAAAGUUGAUAAGAUUGCAGAACCACCGCUAGUUGAGUCAAAUCUCCCUUGUCUAAAGCAC